UGUCGUAAGAAACAACAUCCAAUAUAAAGUAAAUUGAAACAAAGAUCUAAAGCUUCUGCCAGGAUGAGAAUUACUGUAAUGACUGCAGAUGAACAGAUCCUUAGCUUGGAUGUUGAUCCUCAUGAAACUGUUGAAAAUUUGAAAGCUUUGCUUGAAGUUGAGAGCUUGUUUGGGUUUUAUGGGCAGACUAUGGUGCCAUUGCAGCAGCAGCAACUGUUGUUUAAUGGAAGGGAAAUGAACAACUCUGAGAAAUUGAGUGCUUUGGGUGUUAAGGAUGAUGACCUAGUCAUGAUGGUCUCUGGUGUUGCUUCAAGUGGCAGUGCAUCUAGGAAUGACUUGAACUUGAAUCCUGAUGGAUCUGCCGUGAAUCCUGCAGCUUUCCAACAACAGAUUCGACAGGAUUCUAAUCUAAUUGGACAAUUAUUUCAGACCGAUCCUGAGCUUGCUCAAGCCGUUGUCGGAAACGAUCUCAACAAACUGCAGGAGAUUCUCCGAGCUCGUCAUCAACGAAGAUCUGACUUGCGACGGCAAGAGGAGGAGGAGCUUGCUCUUCUUCAAGCUGAUCCUUUUGAUGUUGAAGCACAAAAGAAAAUUGAGGCUGCCAUUCGGCAGAAAGGGAUUGAUGAGAACUGGGCUGCUGCCUUAGAAUAUAAUCCUGAAGGUUUUGCAAGGGUGGUUAUGCUGUACGUGGACAUGGAGGUUAAUGGUGUCCCAUUGAAGGCAUUUGUUGAUAGUGGUGCCCAGUCAACAAUUAUUUCUAAAAGCUGUGCUGAGCGAUGUGGAUUGCUGAGGCUUAUGGAUCAAAGGUAUAAAGGUAUUGCUCAUGGAGUUGGCCAAUCCGAGAUACUAGGACGUAUUCAUGUUGCUCCAAUCAAGAUUGGGGAGAUAUUUUAUCCUUGCUCCUUCUUGGUUUUGGACUCUCCCAAUAUGGAGUUCCUCUUUGGAUUGGAUAUGCUCCGUAAACACCAGUGUAUUAUUGACUUGAAGGAUAAUGUUCUUAGAGUUGGAGGAGGAGAAGUUUCAGUACCAUUUUUGCAAGAAAAGGACAUCCCUUCUCGCUUCCUUGAUGAAGAAAGGCACUUAAAACAAGCAUCAAGCUCAGGAGCUGCUGUGACAACUGGAACAACAAAGAAGGCUAAUGUGCCAUCUGGAGGCCAGUCUUCCGGAGGUGCACGAGGCGAUGCAACACAUAAACCUGAAUUUGAAGCCAAAGUUGCAAAGCUUAUUGAGUUGGGGUUUGCAAGAGAAAUGGCGAUAGAAGCUCUUAAAUUAUGUGAUGGUAAUGAAGAACAAGCUGCUGGGAUUCUCUUUGGAGGCUGAAAAUUACUUCCAAUUUUCUUUCUUUUCUUUUUAGAACUAAUGUUCUGAUUUCAGUCACCCAAUUACAAACUUUUAACGCAUUGAAAUUUAUGUACUUUGAUUAUCUAUUUCAUUCGAACUGUUCAUACACAAUUGCCAAAGUGUUGUAAUUCAAAAGAAAGCUGAAAUUACUCUUUAAUUUCCUUAAUUGAAAUUUCCUUGUUUUUAGUUUAAA